AUUGGUAUGAUUGGUCCAGCGGUGUGCAAGUUUACCUCCGGCUUGUGUAUAAAUAUCGAAGAAUAACAUCAGUUGACAUCAAAUGCCAGUUUGUCUAAAGAUUUGAAACGGUGCAGCAGUCGCACUUCCUACUAUGUUGAUGUGUUUUGGCAGAAAGCUGUCAUCAUUUACGUCAGGUACCAAAUCGGAGGCUCAGUUGGAAAAUCAUUGGCUUCAGGGUAUGAUUAUAAGCAUUUUCCUGAAUAUGGAAUUGAUACUGUUUACGAACUAACCUUUUAAGCAUUGACAUAGCUUUCGAUUCCCACUUGUCACACGUGACUGACAUCAGAUAGAUACAGCUACUGACUCCUACUCAUCCCGCGCAGGUGACUAACAGCAGAUAGAAUCUUCUACCGGAUGCAAUCUGGACGCGAUGGGAAGCGCCGAAACUCUUCUUGCGUGGAAUGUGUCGACAGAAAGUACUGGAAACGAGAAUGGUAUACUACGAGUGGACGAUAGAUCCACAGCAGAGGUGAUACUGUCAAUACUGACAAUGGCUUUAAUCAUAUUCCUGAGCAUCGCUGGGAAUAUACUUGUGCUGGCGGCAAUCGUUCGGGAAAACGUUCUUCACAGUAAAACGUCUGUAUUCAUUGCCAAUUUAGCCAUUGCAGAUCUUCUGAACGCUAUCCUGAACAUGACCACUAUUUUGGUCAGCUGUAUAUACGACAAGUGGAUAUUCGGUGAAAUCAUAUGUGGCAUUAUUGGAGCAUCGCUUGUUUUAGCUUGUUCGGCUAGCAUCAAUACAUUGGGAGCAAUAGCCCUCGAUCGCUACUUCGCCAUCGUGUACCCUUUCCAGUAUGCAAAGCGCAUGUCGACCUGUCGCAUAGUGGCUUUUCUGGUCUGGAUCUGGACGCAGUCUUUGUUCUUCAGUGUCAUGCCAGUAUUGGGCUGGUCAGAAUUCGUGUACAUCGAAUCGGAAUAUCUCUGCUCUGCCGACUGGUCUACAGACUGGUCAUAUACAGUCAUCAUUGUCGUUGUAAACAUGGUACCCCCGAUAUGCUUGAUGACCUACUCCUACAGGCAUAUACUUAGGAUCGCAUCAGCGCACCGGAAGCAGAUGAGGACACAGCAUAGCGUCAAAGAACCAAACGAAAGUGUGCCUCGGAGCAGGAAUCGCAAGACAGUCGAGGCUUUCGCCAAACGAGCCAAACAGAUUCGACAGGACACCAAGGCUGCUACCACUCUGCUCAUCGUCAUGGGCACCUUUCUCAUCUGUUGGCUCCCGCAUACCAUUACGAUGCUUUGCUUUGCUUUCCCGUCGUGCACCGCUAUUCCCCAAGGGAUCUACGUCCUGUCGACCUGGUUCGCUAUGUUGAAUUCUGCCUGCAACCCUUUCAUCUACUGUAUAACGAAUAAUCAGUUCAGGCAAGCGUUCAAGCGGACCCUUGACCACAUCAUGCCGCUGUCGUGCAGGAGAAGAAUGGCUCGGCGUGUGGAGCCCGACUCGGCCUUUGCAUCAGUAUCGGCACCUAAUGCAUCUUCAGAUCCACGCAUCUUCAUAUCUACCCAUGAUCUUAGUCAUUCGGUGACUGAUCCCACACCCGGUACGAACAGAGCAGAAUUGUCUGUUGAUUACAACAAUAGCGAGUUUACGCUUCCACAAGUCACUCGUACGGAUACAAGAACAUAAAAAAUGAGUUUUCAAAUGCCAUUCACGACAAAGAACAACCGAGAAGUCUUUGUCGAACAUUGGUGAAUCUAGACAAAAGUUUUAUCCUGGACUCUAGACAAAAAAAAACAUAUUUGUAAUUGUUCGUCCGCUCCGAAACUUAGGACAAAAUUAAUGUUCCGGUAAACCAAUUUUCGGCAAAGACCUUCCAGUUAUUCUUUGUCGACGAUUGUGAUUUCAUUGUUCGUCCAUUUUGUCCAUUGUCUGGAGCGGAUGAAAACGGAUGCAGCCACCCAAAAAUUUGACUUGUCCGCUGUAUCCGUUAUGAAUACCUUUUGUGUCCAUCGGCCAGUGGGACCAGGCCUUUACAUGUCUUGCACAGAAAUGGUCGAUUAUUAGGGAUCAUC